CCUUUGUCAUUGUCAACAUUUUCAUGAUUCACUAUAAUUGAAUUACACCUUUUUAUCAGUAACUGUAAAUGAGUACAAUUAGGCCUACAUUUAUUUUAUAAUUAAAUCAGGUGAUUUAGUGUCGCGCAACUAGUCGUCCUCUCUUAUAUCAGAAACACUCCAGAAAAGGAGGACUGCCUUCAACAAUUUCGUGCAUCUUAAAAACAUCCAGUCACUUAAGACAAAUCAGGAAUAUAUAACUGUUGCAUUUACUCGCUAUCUAAGCAUUCAGCCGCUACUAAGAUUUCUAUAUUUAAAAAAAAAAAUAAAUAUAAGAUUGUAACAUAAAUCUAUCCGAUAAAUCACAAAUGAAACAAUUCCAAGAGGCGGAAGAAUAUCUUCUCGUGCGUUCUUCAUUGUCCCUUUAUUCCAGGCGCAUUUGUAAUAGCGAAGGCGUCCGCCUGAUCCAGGAUCAGCAGCAUCGGCGGCCAGUGUCCUAUAUUCCUCCAGCUCUCAUGGAACAGCGCAGGCCCGCCAUUUCACUGAAUGCCUUCGCUGCUCCUCGAUCCUGCGGGUUUAUACCGAAAUAAGACAGGCGGCGGCCGCACGGCGGGAUUAGCGUCGGGGCGCGAGAGAUGAGUCACGAGCCUUCACAGCGCGCGACUGAAACCCGUAACAAUGUAACAGUUCCGCGCGAGAUAUUCGCCAACACCGUUCGUGGAUUCAUCAUCGUCUCGCGCAGCGGAUAACCGUGUUCGCAAGGCUCCCCACCUGCCUCCCUCUCGUCCCGGCAGAUCUUUGUCUGCCCGCGUUCUCGCACCGUCGACCGGGAACUGUGCGCGCUAUUUAAGCAGCGGCGUGAAUUUCUAUAUCCGUGCGUAUUAUUUGAUCGCCGAUCGCCGGAGAGCUUCGAAGAUGUCCGGGCAGAGCAUUACGGACAGGAUAACCGCCGCUCAGCACAGCGUUACCGGAUCGGCCGUGUCCAAAACGGUGUGCAAGGCAACGACUCACGAAAUAAUGGGCCCUAAAAAGAAACAUUUGGACUACCUGAUACACUGUACCAAUGAGAUGAAUGUGAACAUUCCCCAGCUGGCAGACUCUUUGUUCGAGAGGACCACUAACACCAGCUGGGUGGUGGUCUUUAAGUCUCUAAUCACAACACAUCACCUCAUGGUAUACGGGAACGAGCGAUUUAUUCAGUACUUGGCCUCCAGGAACACAUUAUUCAACCUCAGUAAUUUCCUGGACAAAAGUGGCCUGCAAGGUUACGAUAUGUCAACGUUCAUUCGGAGGUAUAGUCGAUAUCUGAAUGAGAAAGCGGUUUCAUAUCGACAGGUGGCAUUUGACUUCACGAAAGUAAAGCGUGGGGUGGACGGAGUGAUGAGAACCAUGAACACAGAGAAGCUUCUUAAAACCAUCCCCAUUAUACAGAACCAGAUGGAUGCCCUUCUCGACUUCAACGUCAAUGCCAAUGAACUUACCAACGGAGUUAUUAAUGCAGCCUUCAUGCUUCUCUUCAAAGACUCCAUCCGACUUUUUGCAGCUUACAACGAAGGGAUAAUAAACUUACUGGAAAAGUAUUUCGAUAUGAAAAAAGUCCAGUGCAAAGAGGGUUUGGACAUUUACAAGAAGUUCCUUACUCGAAUGACCCGGAUCUCAGAGUUUCUCAAAGUGGCAGAGCAGGUGGGAAUAGACCGCGGGGACAUCCCAGACCUGUCUCAGUUUACCGUGUGUGCCCCCAGCAGUCUUUUGGAUGCCCUGGAGCAACACUUGGCUUCAUUAGAAGGAAAGAAGGUGAAGGACUCCACUGCCGCCAGCAGGGCAAGCACACUCUCCAAUGCUGUGUCAUCUCUGGCCAACACUGGCAUGUCUUUCACCAAAGUGGAUGAAAGGGAAAAGCAGGCAGCUCUGGAGGAGGAGCAGGCGCGAUUGAAAGCUCUAAAGGAACAGAGGCUGAAGGAACUAUCCAAGAGGCCUUCAUUUGCCACGACCGACACUUCUCCAGUGUCCACCACAGCAGCAUGCAUCAGCACAGCUCCUGCCAUCGACCUCUUCUCUACUCCCAGCUGCUCCAAUGGUGCCCUGAAGAUGGAGAGCGACCUCUUCGACUUGCAGACCAACUUUCAGUCGAGCAUGCAGGCCGGACCCUCCGUGGCCACGGCAUGGGGAGAUCCUUUCUCUUCUUCUGAAGCUGUAGAUGACUCCAUUCCAAACCUAAACCCUUUCCUAACCAAACUUGUUGUUGAUGGUGCUCAUCUACCCGUUAUGUCAUCAGAUGGUGUUAGUUUCUCCUCUAGGACGUCAGGUCAUGAGAUUUUUGGUGAUCAGUACAAUCCCUUUAUUGAUUCAAGUUCGUCUGUAUCAACCAAUUACAAACGCACUGUGCGGAUAGAGCACUUAAUCUCAGACUCGUUUGGUCAGCCGUCUAUGGUCCAGCAUCUCCCAAACCCCUCUCCCUUCCAGUCUGAGCCCUCCACAGUAGCAGGCCUAUUCAGAGGAUACGGAGCUCCACAAAUCCCUCCUCCACAGAGCUCGGGCGAGCUGCGUGUUGACUUUGAGUCUGUUUUCGGUACUAAAGCUGCAUCGUCUAAUAGCCUGGAUACAGAUGCAGGGAUUUUAAAACCCACUGUGGCCGGUUCAAAUCAGUGCUCCAAUCAGCUCCCGGAGAAGCUGGUGUCAGACGACCUGGAUUCUUCCUUGGCCAACCUCGUUGGAAAUCUGGGUAUUGGAAACGGUACCACUAAAAAUGAUAUCCACUGGAACCAACCAGGAGAGAAAAAAUUAACUGGUGGAAUGAACUGGCAACCCAAAACAGCUCCAUCUACUACAUGGAACCCUGUCUCUAUGCCACCAUCUAUCAUGGCUUUCCCCGCUACAACACCUACAGGAAUGAUGGGAUAUGGCAUGCCUCCACAGUUGCCCUCUAUGAGCAUGAUGACCCAGCCCACAAUGAUGUACACGCAGCCGGUCAUGAGGCCAUCCAAUCCGUUCGGAUCAGUGUCCAGCGCACAGCCCUCCGCUGCCUCUAGCCCUUCCAGUCAGAGUCCUCUCAGAGCCCCAGGACAAGACCCCUUUGCACAGCUCUCUCUCAAGGAUUUCUUGUAGAGCUUCGUCUUUUGUCUAGAUGCAGUUUAUGUAACACAGAAUGAAGUCGCUCCCUGAUGUCAAACCAUUAAGCUCUGUCCUCUGUGCUGGGAUGCUCUUCAGAGGACCGAUCCCACAACAUACUCGACGUCAAAGAUGUAAACCAAGUGUGUUGAAAGACUGGGAGCAUACUGCAAUCAUUUCGUAAUUUGUUUAAGAUGUCAAGUGAUGCUGCUGUUCAACCCAUAAAGGGAUUCCUCAUACAUUUUAUAAUCUGUUAAGGUAGGUAAGGGCAUUGAGAGACUUGGAUAUUUUGUGUUCUGAGAAGCUAUAGUUUGAUUUUCCUGCUAGGUUGUUUUUUCGUUUUCGUUUUUUUCCUUCGACCGGGAGCUUCUGAUGAGAGGUCUUGUGGCGAACGUCGGCCUAAAUCGGAGUAUAACUCAGCAUCUGAUAUAGUACGUGUUAUGAAAUAGUAACAGUAACCUUGUUUUACACUUUAUCUUUUAGUUUCGACUUUACUUGUAUUCACCGGUAGACCUUUCUUGCGUGUCGUUUGUAUUUAUUUAUGAUUAAUGCCUAAAAAAUUAAACAGGAGAGUUUACGAAGUACAUUCGGGGGAAAAUAUAAAUAAUAAUUCAACAUUAUUCAUGGGUGUUGGAUUGUAUAAUGAAGGUUUAGACUUUUAAAAUAGAUAUUAUGUGAAAAAUACACCUGUAAGCUAAAUGAUAGAGCACUAACUAUUCUCUAAGUUUUAUGUCUAGAACAACUUCCCGUAGAUGAAAUGUUUGCAGCCCAAAGGCUAUUGGGAGGGUAAUCAUUAGUGAAUGGUUUGUUAUACUGUUUAGUCGAUACUGUGCUUAGGGGUUUUGCAAUGAGAUAUUUGUUGGAGUAGAAAAGCACUUCCUCCGUGACUGUGAGGUGUUGCACUUGGGAAGGGAGGUGUUCUGCAUUAUGCAUGGCAUGCCAUCAUUUUCACACGGACCGUAAAGAUCUGGCUGCCCCUGAUCUGAAUGUUAAGACUUGCCCUCAUGUUUCAGACUUCUCAUCGAGUUAGGCACCCUGCUCUCUUAAAAAAAAGAAAAAAAAAAAAAAAAAAAAAAAAAAAAGUCCAGGAAUAUUGAACGGGAGCUGGACGCUCCUCUAGCUAUUGGUCACGGACAGGGUUAUUGAUAUCAAUGUAAAUUUGUGGUGUAAAAUAUGAGAAACGCUGACUGGGAGACGGUUCGAGCACUGUUGAUCGGUGCUUUUAUGUAUAUAUACAUAUAAUCAUGUAGGCAGCUUGUCCAGGGGUUGGCUAAGGAUGGUUUGAAAUAUGAAAGCAAUUCAAUCAAAUCGGAACUGACCUAAGUUUUACUGAAUAAUUUCUGUGCUGUCCUCAUGGAUCAUUUUUUUUGUUUUAUGUAUUUAAAAAGAUGUAAGAACAAUUAGUGAAUUCUUUCUUUUUCAAAUAAAGUGCAGCUUCCACAAA